AUGGCGCAGACCACAUUGGAACCCAGAUCUUGCAGACCUCAGCAAGGACCCAUUGUGCAGAAGUCAUUGUGCUUUGCUUCCCUCAUUAUGGUUCUCAUAAUUAUCGCGAUUAUAUUAAGUCUAUUGGGCAAUGACAUAAGACUAGUCCAUGGAGACAUAGGCACGGCCACUUCUUAUGAUCCUCCAUAUGCACUGAGUGAAGGGUUGUCGGAUAAUGGUGCAGCAUGUGGCUGGCGUUACAGAAUAAGGUGCUUGAGCGGCAAUAACAAGCCAUGCAAGGAUGGCACUGUUGACGUUAGGGUGGUCGACUUCUGCCCUAGAAGGCCAUGCCCUGCAACUAUUAUCAUGUCGAACGAUGCUUUUGCAGCCAUUUCUAACUCCCCUGAUGCCAAAAUUAACGUGGAAUUCAUCCAGUACAAAAAAAAAACACACCCUUCUCUCUCGAUGGGCUGGAGUUUGUACAGCAGUGGAGUUGCUGGUGUUUGGGCAACAGUAGUUAGCUUUAUCCCCUUAGUUUAA